UGAGAAAUGACUGGGUCAGCGAUUUUUCAAAGUCGCGGAUUUAUUUUUUUUUCAUUCACUUCGAAGUUCGAAGGUCAAGUGGAUUUAUGAGUGAACUGAGUCAUAACAGUAAUGGAAGACAGCCAAAAACGAUUGGAUGUCAAAGAGAUGUCGACUCAUUACACCAAUGAAGUGCAUUUCAUUGUUAUCUCUCAACGAUGAAAAUUUUGUCAUCAAUAUUUUCAAUAGAAACCCUGGGACAAUUCAGUUUAUCACGAGUGUCACUCUGAGGAGAGUUUUCUACAUUUUCAUGUGACAAUGUCUGAUCUGGAUGCCCUCGUUGUCUCAGGGUUAGGACCGCCUGAGUCCAUACAAACCUCGCUUGAACUACCGUCGAAGAAGAUGGGGGUCUCCAAGGUGAAGGUUGGAAUAAUUUUUGCAGUGGCAAUUGUUGCUAUUGCUGCAGGAAUUGCAAUGGGAAUGUUGUGGAGUUCAAUUUUCGAUGGAAUUCUCUCUCGUCAAUUGAUUCUGUCUCCGACGUCGAAGAGUUUCUCGAUAUGGAAGGAGACACCGAUUCCUAUGUAUCUGAAGAUUUAUUUAUUCCACUGGACAAAUCCCCAGCUAAUACGAAAAGAAAAGCCACACUUCAUUGAAAAGGGCCCCUACGUUUUCAAGGAAAUUGAUUAUAAAGUCAAUAGAACUUGGAAUGACAAUGGCACUUUAACAUUCUAUCAAAGGAGAAUCUGGCAUUUUCUACCAGAAGAGUCGAAUGGUACACUUGAUGAUCAAAUUGUCAAUCUGAAUCCAAUAGCAGCCACACUCGCCUACAAAGUCAGGUACAAAAGACGUUUUAUGCAGCUCUUAGUGAGUGGUAUCUUGGAGGGUCUCCACGAGGGUCUAACAGUCACAAAAACCGUUCGUGAAUUACUAUUCGAUGGUUACGAAGACGAUUUAAUCAACUUUGCAAAGAAAUACGACAUUCCAGGGAUUCCUUGGGAUAAAUUCGGCUGGUUUUACGGUAGAAAUGGCUCAGAGACAUACGAUGGAAUCUUCAACAUGAACACUGGUGCCAACAACAUGAAAGAGAUAGGAAUCCUCCACGAGUGGAACCACAGCGACAAAUCGAAGAUAUACACCGGAAAAUGUGGCCAGAUAAACGGGACUCUGGGUGAUCUGUGGCCCCCAGUGAGGGAUUACGAGGAUGUAUCAGUAUUUGCUCCAGAUGUUUGCACACUUGUGCCACUGAAGGACAACGGCCACGUAAAUUAUGAUGGACUGGAGGGCAAACAGUUCAUAGCGACACCACAGACCUUCGACAAUGGCAGUAAAGUGGAAUCACGAGGUUGUUACUGCAAGGAUAUUGAGUGCCAGCCAUCGGGAACACUCAACGUCUCAACCUGCAAAUUUGGAGCUCCAGCAUUCAUCAGCCUCCCACAUUUUCAUCUAGCUGAUGAGAGUUAUCUCAAUGCUAUCGAUGGAUUGAAGCCAGCUAACGAUGGAUCUCACGAUUUCUCGAUCCUCGUCCAGCCAGAUCUAGGGAUUCCCCUGCAAGUCAAAGCUCGUCUCCAGCUUAAUCUACUGAUCCAGCCAAUGGAGCACAUCGGGCUGUUUGCCAAUGUACCAAAGGUAUUUAUUCCCAUGCUCUGGUUCAGGCAGGAGGCUGAUCUCUCGUCAGACCUCGGAUCUCAAUUAAAAUUCGUUCUCAUUCUUCCAACCCUGGGGCACGUGACCUUUUUCGGCAUCGCUGGUCUUGGUCUUCUUAUUUUCUUUAUUGGUGGAGUUGUCUGCAUCCGAGGACGCAGGAAAGCAGAGGACAAUCAGAGAUUGAUCGCAAGAGCUGAGACCAAUGGGUCUAAUAGGACUGAAGGAUGAUUGUUGAUUCGUAAGAGAAUAAAACGAAAGAGUCAAUUAUAUUUUUUUAACGCCAGGAGGAACUGCCGGAUUCGCAAUGUUUAUUCACGAGUUGAACAGUCUUCCUAUUUUUUCGGAUUUUUCAAUGUAAAUAAUGGAAAUGGAGGGCCGGAUGUGUGUCAUGGGACUGAGCUCAAGGGGCAGGAGGAGAAUCGUGAUAAACAAGUGCCUCAAGGGUUCGUCGUGUUGGGGGAAAGUUCGGUAGAAAUAUUUUCAGUGCCCUAUUAGGGUUUCGUGGUCUUUUCGGACCUUGAUUGGUGAAUUCAAUCAUCAAGUUUCUAAAUGUAUCAAUUGGAUACUUUAUAACUCGUUGAAAAUGUUGAGAACAUUUUGAUUAGAGUCAUGAGGGAGUGAUUAAUGUAUUCAUUAAUUAACUAUCCUCUCGUUCGAAUCCAUCGUUUCAUGACUAUUUGACACGUAAAGAUAUGACAAAUCGUUAUAUUGAAAUGAUCGUGUUAAAUAGUCGUGCCAUCGAUUUUUUUUUCUUAUGAGAGUAAUUCACCGCUGGCAAUCGUUCGAAUGUGCCUGUAAUUGUAAUUAAGUACAUCGUUCAAAAUCGUUCGCGAACAUCGAUCCAUAUGUUCGCGAUUAAUUAGUACUAACUACUAUUUUAAUUGUCACACUAUCAGAUAUACUGGCUGGUAGACGAAUUGUGAUACCAAAAUGCAAUCUUUCAAUUAAAUGAAAGACCCCUUGGUACUUAUUCACCGAGAGCAUCAUUACUGAUAUUAAAUAAAAAGAAGUAUAAAUUUUAAA